CAAUCAAACAGUUUCCCAUUCCACCAUAGAAGCUUAACAGCUUCUUUCUUAGUUCUAAGUGUGCCUUACUAUUUUCUCUAUAUAUCGUUAUUAUAGUCAUCAGGAACUGUAGUUGCAGUUCCUUAUGCAGGUUUUUACCCGGCGCCAAGGAGCACUUUUGUGCUUCUGGUUGUCUGUGCUAUUUCUGGUAGUAGGCUUCUGCUAUGGUGGCGACCACACCACAGUCCAGGUAGUUGGACUCGGAGAAUGCACAGACUGCAAUGCUAAAAAUAUUAAAACUAGCCAGGCUUUCUCAGGACUACGUGCAACAGUAGAGUGCAAAGCAGCAAGUGGGGACUUAGAAAGGAGAGGGGUUGGUGAGCUUGACGAAAAUGGAAACUUCAAAGUGUCCCUUCCACAUGACAUUGUGAAAGCUGAUGAACUCAAAGAAGAAUGCUAUGUUCAGUUACUCAGUGCAUCAGCUGCUCCUUGUCCUUCCCAUGAUGGUCCUUUUAGCACCAAAAUUGUUAUCAAGUCAAAAGGUGUCGACAAACACACACUUGGUCCUGCUGGAAAACUCAAGUUUUCUUCAGAGACAUGCGCUUCUGCUUUCUUCUGGAAGCACCACCCUCUCAUUCCUAAGCUUCCUCCUCAUCCACCCAUCACCAUCCCUCCAAUAGUAUUUCCACCGUUUCCACCAAAGAUUUUCCAUAAACAUCCUCCACCUGUGUAUACUCCUCCACCUGUAUAUACUCCUCCUCCUGUAUAUACUCCUCCUCCUGUUGAACCUUCUCCUCCUCCUAAGCCUCCACCGUCCCCUCCAAAACCACCAAAACCAUCCCCUCCAAAGGAGCCUCCUCAUCCAAAACCACCAAAACCAUGUCCCCCAAAGGAGCCUCCUCACCCAAAACCACCAAAGCCUCAUCCGAAACCACCAAAACCAAGUCCCCCAAAGGAGCCUCCUCAUCCAAAACCACCAAAACCAUGUCCCCCAAAGGAGCCUCCUCACCCAAAACCACCAAAGCCUCAUCCAAAACCACCAAAACCAAGUCCCCCAAAGGAGCCUCCUCAUCCAAAACCACCAAAGCCAUGCCCUCCAAAGCCACCAAAGGUCAAGCCUCCUGUUCCACCACCGGUUAAGCCUCUCCCCCCACCGGUUCCAAAGAAGCCAUGCCCACCAAAGCAUCCCCUUCUUCCUCCACUCAAGCCACAUCCACAUCCACUUCUUCCUCCACUCAAGCCACAUCCACAUCCACUUCUUCCUCCACUCAAGCCACUUCCACCUCUUCCAAAACUUCCUCCAAAGCACUUUUUCCAUCACCCCAAAUGGCCUCCGAUUCCCCCAUCUUCUUCUCAUCCUUAGGCUAUAACGCAGAGCUAGAUUACUCUUGGGUUUACAAAGCGUGCAUGUUUUUUGUCCUUUUUUAAGUGCUUUCCCUAUGAUCAACGAUUGAGGAAGUUUGUUGUUGCUAAUAAAGCCUCCCGAAGGAUAUUGCAUUUGAUGUGAAGAAAGCAUAUAUCAGUCAGAUAUGGAGAAAACAAAUAGAGCAUUUGAUUGAGAAGUUUGAAAUGUUUAUUUGAAUUUGAGUGUGAUAAUUGGUGCUGUUCUGAAUGAGCAAAGUUAGAGAACCCUAGAUAUUCUAUUUGUCGUUGAAUGAUUAUUUCUGGUGUAGAUAAGUGCAGUGUGAUGGGAUAGUUAAGCCUUCAUUAUGUCAUUUUCAGAGAAUAAGAAUGUAUAUUUACGUAUGAUUACUUAAUAGU